CUUUAUCUGCAUUACUUGGUGCUGCAAUUUCAUUUAACGUGGGCUACCACUGAGCUCAGGUUGUAGUAGAGCAACAGAGCGAACUGCUUAGCUGCUCCAGCUGCUGGAGUUAGCACAUUGACUGUCUCCAUCCUCAUGUCAUCUUUAGAAUCACUUUUCCAUGCAUAUUACCUGGGUUUUGGUUGAUAAAAAUUAGUGAAAUCUUGCGUCCUCUUCUGCCAUGUAAACCAUCUCCUCUUGACCGGAUCAUUUUUUUAAGCGGACAGGAAGUAGGAUUUAUUGGUGGGUGUGAAUAAUGAGGGGGCAGCACAGUGGAAGCCCUCACCAGUUCCGGGGCCACCACUUGUCCAGGGUCUCGAUCAGAUCUUGUCCUUGUCCUCUUGGGGCACAUUAGCCUCUGAUUCUAGUUCCAGGAGUGAAGACACGAGGUGGGGAUGGCGCAUCUGGACAAUCAGCAACUGCUUGCAAGGUGACUGCUUCCAGCUCUGCAAGCGAGGCUGGGCCGGCCUCACCAGGCAAUGGUGGAAAGCCUGCGGGGGUGCAGCAGAAUUUGCGAGGGCAGUGGUCCUUGGAUUCAUACAGAUUCACCCAAAUUCCCAGGGCUUCCUUCUUUCCCAAUCAAUGCCCUCAGUGCUCACAGUAGAAACCCGAUGAGGCUACAAAUCAAAUUUAUCUUGUCAUUCUGCUAUACUUGCAGCAUUGGGUUCACAUCUGAUUUUUACAACAUCAGCCCUGAGGCUACAUGAAAUAAGAGGUUCUUCUUGGGCAGUCAUAAAAGCGUGUGUCCUCUGAUCAUGCUUAAGUUUGUCAUUUUUCUUUUUUUAUGCUCUCUUAUGCAGUCCAGGGGCCCAAAAUUUCAGAAAAACCUGUCCCUGCUAUUGCCAUUGCAGCUGCCACGGCCACCCCACAUCCAUGGAGCUGACAAAUGGACACCUGCAAACACCCACACUGUCACAGCUUUCUUGUCACCUGGAAAUGCCACAGAAAGAUGGCUCUGCCUCCUGUCUACCUUCUAAACCUCCCACCAGUGCUUCACAUAUGGGGAACUUAAACCAUGCCCAGGACCUGAGCUACAAGGGAAGUAUAUGUUUCAGUGGGGGAGGUUGCAAUACAGGGGGGAGGUAGACGAGAGGCAGGAAUGGAGGCACAAUAUUUAAUUUAUAUUUGAGGUCCAUCUUGGGAUGACCUCCCUCCCUCACUCCAGCUAAGAUGUUGAGAGUACAGACUCCUGGUUCUAAUUUUAGCUCCACUGCUUGCAGGCUGUGUUACCUAACUUCUCUAUGCCCCGGACCUCAGUUUUCUCAUCCGUUGAAUGGGAUUAGUAGUGGUGCCUGUCCCCCGGUAUAGUGAGGAUAUAUGCAUUGGCCAAUGUGUGAGACAAGGCAAAUCCUCAAUAGUCUUUUUUUCCUUUCUCUUUCUUUUUUUUUUCUCUCUUUUUUUCCCCCUCCCUAUCCUUAAGUUACUGUGACAAUGAGCCAGUUUUUUUCUUUUUCUUUUUUUUGGUUUGGUGGUGGUUUUUUUGUUUUGGUGGUUUUUUGUUUUGGUGGCUUUUUAUUUUUUGGUUUGGUGGUUUUUUACCCCCCUCAAUACCCUUAAGUUUCUGUGACAAGGAGCCAGUGUGACUCUGGGAGUGUGUCACAGACCAUCGGGUGAGUAGGAUUUAUUAUAAAUAGAGGGCUACUUGGAUUGCACUUUGGUAGGAAACUCCACGAGGUCCGGUAGGAAGCAGGUGGCUCUCCUUAACUGCAGGCGCCCGGUGAGCGGGCAGGUUACUGGAAGAAGAAAUGGCCACUGAUCAUUCACCAGGUUUCUUCAUAGAGGAACUUAAUAGAUACCGGCAGAAAACCAAUGCAGUACUUAAGUAUUGUGAACUUACUAAGAGAGGACCUGCACAUGACCUAAGGUUUACAUUUCAAGUUAUAAUAGAUGACACAGUAUUUCCAGAGGCUGAAGGUAGAACAAAGAAGGAAGCAAGAAAUGCUGCGGCCAAAGUAGCUAUUGAGAUACUUAAUAAAAAAAAGAAGGUAGAGAGUUCUUCCUCAUUGGCAACAACAGAUACUUCAGAAGGAUUCUCCAUUGGGAAUUACAUAGGCCUUGUUAAUAGGAUUGCCCAGAAGACAAAAAAAACUGUAAAUUAUGAACAACUUGAAUCGAAUGAGCUGGGGCCCAUGAGGUUUCAUUGUAAAUGCAAAAUUGGGGAGAGAGAAUUUGGUAUUGCUAAAGGUUCUUCUAAACAGGAGGCAAAACAAUUGGCUGCUAAACUUGCAUAUUUGCAGAUACAAUCAGAAGACCAUUCUAGGAAAGCUGAUUCUUGUUCUUUUACUACUGAGUGUAACUUCAGAAGCACCCCUUCUGAGACCAGCAAAUGUGCUUCCAAAUCAUCAUUGGAAAUUCACUUUUCAGAAAAUGCAUCCAUGAGAAAUCAUAGUGAUGACAGCUUAAGCAGUUCUUCGUAUUCUAUGAAUGGUCACAGAAGUAGUCACAAGAAGGUAAAAAGAAAUUUGGCACCUACAUUUUGGCCUCCUGGGAGGAAUGGAAACGAGUAUACUAUGGACGUCAGGUUUGCCAACGAUUUUAAAGAAAUAGAACCAAUUGGCACAGGUGGAUUUGGCCAAGUUUUCAAAGCAAAACACAGAAUCGAUGGAAAGACUUAUGUCAUUAAGCGUGUUAAAUAUAAUAGCGAGAAGGUAGAGCGUGAAGUAAAAGCGCUGGCGAAACUUAAUCAUGUAAAUAUUGUUCACUACCAUGCUUGUUGGGAUGGAAUUGAUUAUGAUCCUGAGAACGGUGGUUACAGCACUGCGAAUAGUGACUAUGAAUCCGAGAAGAGCACAAAUUAUUCAAGACCAGAGACUAAGUGUCUUUUCAUCCAAAUGGAAUUCUGCGAUAAAGGAACACUGGAGCAAUGGCUUGAUCGCAGACAAAGCGAGAAACUAGACAAAGAGUUGGCUUUGAAAUUCUUUGAACAAAUAACAACAGGAGUGGAUUAUAUACAUUCGAAACAGUUAAUUCAUAGAGAUCUUAAGCCAAGUAACAUAUUCUUAGUAGAUACGAAACAAAUAAAGAUUGGAGACUUUGGACUUGUAACAUCCCUGAAAAAUGAUGAAAAGCGAACAGUUAAUAUAGGAACUUGGCUAUACAUGAGCCCAGAACAGAUUUCUUCACAAGAAUAUGGAAAGGAAGUGGACAUCUUUGCUUUGGGGUUAAUCCUUGCUGAACUUCUUCACAAAUGUGGCACUUCUAUGGAAAAAGCUAAGAUUUUCGAAGAUCUAAGGAAUGGUAUCUUCUUGAAUGAAUUUGAUGACAAAGAAAAAAUUCUUCUACAGAAACUACUCUCAAAGCAACCCAACAAGCGACCUACCACAUCUAAAAUACUGAAAACCUUGUCACUGUGGAUGGGUGAUGUCUUAGAUGUCUCAGAGAAAAAGAGAUGUGAUGUCUUAGAGAAAAAGAGACUAAACACACAUUAGGGCUCUUCUGAAAGAGCAUGCUGCUUCUGUUAUGCAAUUGUCCUUUGAUCAUCUAAAAUCUGGUAGGGAAUAUCAAUAUGAAUUUACCUUUUAUCUUCAUUUUUCCACUUAA